AUGAAUGAUUACUUCAGGUGUUAUAGUAUACCUAGAAGGGUAAUAUCUGACAGAGGUUCAACGUUCACGUCUAAUGCAUUUGGAGAAUUCUUAGCCCAGAAAAAAGUAGAUUUGGUAUUAGUGGCAACGGCGACACCCCGGGCAAAUGGUCAGGUUGAGAGAGUAAACCGUUGUAUAACAGCAAUGCUGGCAAAAAAGACAGUAGAUUUAAAUAGGUGGGACAGGGUAUUGCAUGAGGUCGAGUACGCAUUGAACAAUAUGUUAUGUGCUUCGACGGGUGAAGCCCCAUCUAAGUUAUUAUUUGGUGUAUAUCAACAUGGUACGGUGGAAGGUGAGUUUAGGAGGUUAUUGGUGGAAGUGAAGAAGGACAGGAACUUGGAGGAGGAAAUAAGAAAAGAGGCUAAGGACAAGAUAGUAAAAAAUCAAUCAUAUAAUAAAAAAUAUUAUGAUGAGAAACAUAAGAAACCUACCUUAUAUAAAAAAGGAGAUUUUGUUGUAAUUAAAAAUACAGAUGUUAGUGUGGGGGUGAAUAAAAAAUGA